GUGUGUGUGUGUGUGUGUGUGUGUGUGUGUGUGUGUGUGUGUGUGUGUGUGUGUGUGUGUGUGUGUGUCGGUACACACGCUUAUUGUGUAACACUUCAGCACUGCAGCUGCUGGGAGGAACCUGGGGAGGAAUCUGAAGAGGAACCUGAAGGAUGUAGAUGCUUUAAGAUCAACAGGAUCGUCUCCGCGUGCGCGAGAUAAAGGAGCUGAAAUGUGAGUCGUGUUCAUGUGUAAUGCAGCGCGGAGAUGAAGCCUCGGUGCCACAUCACGCCGAUAACACGACCAUAGAGCGUUUCGACCACGUUUAUUUAUUCUAUUCCAAUUCAUCUUAAGUCAACAAUUCGGAGAAUAAACAUGAAAUUUCCGGCGGAAAAUCAGAGGAAACCGAGCAGCAGCUGGAGUCCUCCUCCAGUGGCAGUCCAGACAAACCUUGUUCCCCCGAAAAAAGUCCAGCCCGGGAUGCUGCAGUCCAGUCUGGUCCAGGCCAGUGUGGCCACAAUGCAGAACCCAAUGGGAUGUUCACUUCCACGUCUUUCUGUUUCACGGCCUACAAGCAUGGUAGCCAGCAUGGAGGCGCAGGCAGACGGCUCGGCACUACUGUCCGUGAUGAAGUGGAAGACGGUGCUGGCUGUGUUCGUGGUGGUGGUACUUUACUUAGUGGCCGGCGGCUUGGCAUUUCGAGCCCUCGAGCAGCCAUUCGAAAGAAACCAGAAGGAUACGAUCACAACUGAGAAAGCAGCGUUCCUGCAAAAACAUCCCUGUGUCACACCAGAGGAACUGGAGAUCCUUAUUAAGCACUCCAUCGAUGCGUUCAGUGCUGGAGUGAGUCCCAUAGGAGACACCACCUACAACUUCAGCUACUGGGACCUUAGUAGCGCUUUCUUCUUCGCUGGUACUGUGAUCACGACUAUAGGAUACGGGAACAUCGCUCCCAGCACAGAGGGAGGGAAAACUUUCUGCAUUUUGUACGCCAUAUUUGGCAUCCCACUCUUUGGUUUCCUGCUGGCUGGAGUCGGAGAUCAGCUCGGAACCAUCUUUGUAAAGACCAUCGCCAAAGUGGAGAAGAUGUUCAGGAACAAAAAUAAUCAAAUCAGCCAGACGAAAAUCCGGGUGGGCUCGACGUUACUCUUCAUCCUUGCUGGCUGCAUCGUCUUCGUCACAAUUCCUGCAGUUAUUUUCAAAGAAAUUGAAGAAUGGACGGCACUCGAUGCAAUUUAUUUUGUUGUUAUUACACUAACGACUGUUGGCAUCGGGGACUAUGUCGCAGGAGGAAACAGAGCAAAAGAAUAUUAUAACUGGUACAAGCCACUGGUUUGGUUCUGGAUCCUGGUUGGUCUGGCAUACUUUGCUGCUGUACUGAGUAUGAUUGGAGACUGGCUCCGAGUCCUGUCCAAAAAGACCAAAGAGGAGGUUGGUGAGAUCAAAGCUCAUGCUGCUGAAUGGAAAGCAAAUGUUCGGGCCGAAUUCAGAGAAACUAGACGUCGCCUUAGUGUGGAGGUUCACGAUAAACUGCAACGUGCUGCUACGAUUCGUAACAUGGAGCGUCGACAACUUGGACUGGACCAACGUGCUCAGUCGCUUGACAUCUUAUCUCAUCCUAACGAGCGACGAUCCGUAAACUUCAACAUCUUAGAUGCGGCAACCAACUUAAAGACGUCCUCGCAAGAGAGCAUCAAUGGCAAACUGAACGACAACAUCUUUAACCGAUUCGGCUCCGUCAGCAAACUGGCCAAACGAACCAAGACCAAGGACCUGAAGAAGAAUAUCCCAGGAGAUGGACGCAAAACUGGCAGUGAGGAGAAGAAAGAGAUGGAGGAGGAAGAGCUGGAGAAGGAGGUCAACACCAGUCUGUCGGAGCUGCCAUUGUUCGUCGAGAGCCCAAAAUCACAGAACGGGUUCGUGAUGGUGCCCACAAACACCAAAGAAGAAGAAGAAGAAGAAGAAGAAGAAGAGGAAGAAAAAAAGGAAGAGAUGCAAAAAAAACUUGAAGAGUGUCCUGUCGAAAUGGACGUUUAGAUGGAAGAAAUCGUCUUCUUUGAAAAUUAAAGUGCCUUGUUUCUCAUUUACGCUGAUGGGAAAAUGCUAACAUCACAUUUUAAUGUUGUUGAAACUUUUCACUGUGUCCUGAUAACUUGAUUUUAAAAAAAAAUUCAGCCCAAUAAAUUUAAACCAGUGUUUAAAAAAGGAUCCUAACAAAGUUUCAACAAGCGAACUGUAGCGAUACAAAGUGACGUUUAUUGGAAGACUGAAUGCUGAUACUGAGCUCCUAACACAAAGGACUUGAAGAUAUAUAUAACUAAUAAAAAUUAAAAAUACAGAUGGAGAUAAAAUAAGAAAAAUAUUUAACUCAUCAGAAAAGAAUCCAUGAUAUACAUUAGGCAUGUGCCAAUAUACAAUCUGAAAUUGUGUAAUUCUGUAACUUUUUAUGACGGUUACUCGUGUUUUCAUGGUAUUAAACGCUGGAUAUCUUA